AUGUCGCAACAACUCGUCACGGUGCUUGCGACAUCGCUCGCCCUCAUCACUCAAUUCCAGGAUACUCUCUCCCCCUCAAACAUCGCGCAGUCCACCCAGAAACCGAUCAAAGACGCAAAGGCCCUGCCCCUCCUUUCAGCCUCAUCGAGCGCUCUCAAGGCGCAAGUCACCAAACUCUCCUUACUAGCAAUUACUACGCCCUUUACGCACUCUGCAGUGACCGGCAUUCUUCGCGCCUGCAACGACUCCGUUCUCCCUUCAUUAUUGACUGCGACCCUCCUCGUCAACCCCGCCGAAUACACAAAAACAUUCCACUCCGAGACCCUGAUCCUAGUCAAAGCCUUAUUCGCCGAAUUCAGCACUCUCGUGAAUCUAGUGAAGGAUCUCUCCGAGAAGAAGGACCAGGCCAAGAAGGCAGACCCUAAGAAAAAAGAGGAGGACCUUUCCAAGGCUGAGAAGGAUGCAAUUACCCUCGCGACUGGUCGUGUUUGGGACACAUGCGACUCGGUAGUCAGCCUUUCCAACAACGGCGUUGUGGGAUUCAUCACCCACCGUGUCGAGCAGUGGAGAGACCUUGUCCGGGACGCCGUGGAGGAACUUGAGAACUGGGAUCCCGAGGAAGACGAUGAUUUCUUUGACGAGAUCAUGGGCGACGAGAAGGAUGAUGAUGAGCAUGCCGAGUCAGAUGAAGAAUCCGACAAAGACAAGGAUGUUGCCGCUAUGCAAGAACAGAAAAAGACUACUCUCCGCUUCCUGAAGCCCAUCGCCCAAAUUUACCCUGCCAUCAUCACCCACCGCCUGAAGAGUGCAAAGGAUGCACCGUUGUCUUCCGUAGCAAACGUUGCGCGAUUGGAGAAAUUGAUUGUCAACUUGCAGAACAUCCCUGAUCAAGUGGAUGAGGUUGCUGGGGCCUUGUAUGAAGAGGAUGUGGACCGAUCUGUCGAGUUCUUGCAGAAAACACACGAGCACGCUUCACAGGCCGUUGAUUCGGUGACGGCACCUUGGAAGGAGGACUUAUCCGAGGACAAGUUUACUGUCUGGUCGCAGACCUGGUCCAAGGUCAUGGAUGAAGUCAGCAAGUCGCUCAAUGCUGACUCUGCAUCGGAGGAAUAA